CUUCACAAAGCAUCAGGAUCGAACUUGACCAAAACUAUCUCAACAACACCAAAAAACCACAAAGCGUUUGAAUCAACAAUGGCGACGAUAUCAGCACAACUAGUUGUGGCCCUUCUAGUAGUAGCACUCGUCUUCGCCGUAGACGCAGCAGAGCCGCCGUCGUCCGGGCCCGUCUCAUCCUACAUAUGGCGGUUUCCGACCAAGCCCGAUCACUCGUGGCAUCCGAUCAAUGGGUCGAUGUUGAGAGACCAGAAGGUCCAGGACAUUGCAAGUUUCGCGGUGGCGACGUACAACGGCGAUAACUGGUUAUCGGGAGCGCCGCUGAAGCUGUUGAGCGUGGACGAAGGCGAGGUUCUGACUGUCGGAGGCACCGUGUACCAUCUUUACCUAACGGUCUCCAACGGAGUGCACGUGGCAAAAAGGUACCACACAUUUGUGCUUAUGUACCCGGGGACGAGGUGGGAGUCACUGUUUUUUGAACUCUUGAGCGAGUGAUAUUGUGAUUAGGUUAGCUAGCUAGUAGUGGUUAUUUUCCCCAUGGUUCCAAAUAAUUCAGUGUAGCUUUUUGUCUAGGCUCCUUGACAUGGUUUAAAUGUAAAGGAGCAGAAUAAAUAAAGGUGUCUAUUCGGCAUGGUUGAUAAGAUUUUUUAUAUGGAUUGAAUAGUGGUUGCUAAAGAUUAAAAAUUGCCAAAGGUCAGAUAGCCCAAUUGGUAGGGAUGAGGUUUGGAUUGUGAUGACGGUCGAUGGGGUCACGAUUUUGAAUCAUCGUUCCACCUUCUGGGGGUUUACGGAGGUAGACAGGAUCGACUACGACCGCACAAGCGGAAUGUCCGUCCUGUAAGUUGGCCUGACUCCGAUAUCACUUAAGUGAUGACCGGGGAGGGUGAUCCAUGUUCCCUAAAAAAAAAAGGCUAAAUUACAUGUAUGAUCACUGAAUUACAUAAAUCUUUUAAGUUUGUCACUCGGAUUAAUCAAUUAAGUUAACAACAACAAAAAACAAUAUAAAUAUUUAAUUAAUGU